GAUCGGACGUGGAGGGCGCUGAGAGAGCGAACGGUAUCCGCGCGUUCGCGAGUGGACGCCGCGUGGACGAAAAAGCAGAUCGCGCGCGCGGGAUGGGGUUUCGAAGGCAAUGUGUGUCACCUUUGACGUUGGCGCUGUUCGUGGGGGCCGCGGCGCUGAACGUCGCCGCGGGCGUUGACGCGGAUGCGCCGUUCACGGCGGUGGCGACGGACCCAGGCGAUGCGGGCGGUGAUUUGGAUGCACCGUCAAGUGAGCUCGGGCGGCGGCGGCGGCCAGUGAGCUCGGGGGUCACGGGGUGGAAACUCAUGGAUGACGACGCGGUGUCCCAGGCCGCGGUGCACUACGGACUACCAGAAUCUAUGAAGACAUUCGCGGCGUGUGCGAGAAUAUGCCACGACCAACACGCCCAACUGGAGAAUGAUAUGAGAGGUUAUGUUGGUGCGACAGAUGGAGUGGAGUGGUCGCGUGCACAGUGCGCUUGUGCCUGCGCGGGAAUGGAGCUCAACGAGGAGGAACGCGCGAAAGUCUGCGCGUCAGAGAUGCGCCAGCGGUUCGGGAUCAGUAUUGGAGGACACUCGUGUUGGGCGUGCGAGCAUGAGCCGGCCGUACAGGUCCGCGCUUUGCCACUGAUUGAUUCAUGCGUGUGUCACUCGUUUGAUACUAAGGAAGCUAAACAAGCGUACAACGUGUCGACGGGUACUUGCCAAAAGCGUACAAAGGGCCAUAGGCGUUUGGGUGGUUGGAAAAGAUCUUGUCAAGGCUCGGCGGCGACUGGCUGUACUCUGAGUGACGAUUACACGUGCCCAGGUUUCGAUGGUAUCUCUGGUACCGUCUGGGAAACGCCUGAUCUACCCAACAUGGCUCCCUGUGAAUCGAUUCCGCGGGGCUGCGGCAAGCCGGAAGGCAGGCGCCAUCUAUGUUCCAACCCAACCUGGGUGGCAGCAUGUCCGCAUGUCUGCUCCAAACAGUGCAAAGCGGCUAAGAAACACUGCGACGCAGUAAAAAAUGCGCCAAACUCGCAUUCUGCAGAUGAUAGAAAAAAGUGCGCUAAUUUUGUCUUCGGUACUCGAUCGUGAGUUGCCGAAACCAGUGUCUCUCAAGUGUGAUAUUUUGACAAUAAUUAUGCAACAAUGCCUUUUCUC